CCUCCUCCUCCGCCUCCUCCGCCUCCUCCGCCUCCUCCUCCGCCUCAGCGGCCGCGGCGGGAUGCGGGCGGCCGCCGCCAUCCUGCUCCUGGCCGGCGGGCUCGCGGGGCCCAGCGCGGGGCCCCCGGGCAGCGGCUGCAGCCCCGCGAGCCUGGAGCUCUGCGGCGACGCGGAGCUGGAGGCCAUGAUCAAGGAGAAGGAGGCGGAGAUCGAGCAGAUCGAUGAACUGUCCGCGAUGAGCGCGGAACUGCGCAAGGAGAAGGAGGCCGAGCUCGAGGAGCUGGAGGCAGACUUCCAGGCGACUGUGGAGGGCCUCAAGGAGAUCGAGGAGCUGGAGGCCGGCAGAGGCGCCGAGGAGCUGUGAGGCUCCGGGCGCGACGGCCCGCCGCCGCCCGGCGACGGGCGGCCGCGCGGCGUGCCCUCCCACGGGCGGGGCGCGGCGCGGCUCGCCGGAGGGAGGCAGAGGUGCCC